CAGCCAAGCCGUAGAACAAGAUGGCGGACUCCUUAGCAGCGGCUCAGGGAGAGGAGAACGAACCGGAGAAAGAAGGCAAGGAGAGACGGAUGGAAGGAGGUAGUGAGAGACGGGGGUCGAAGGAGACCUCCGAGGUGACGGAGACGCUGGGGUUUUACGACAAGAAGAAAGUCCAGAAGGACAAGAAACGGAGUCUGUCUGAUCUGUCCCUAGCGAGGUUCAUGGGGGCGGAGCUGACCCGAGGAUACUUCCUGGAACACAAUGAGGCUAAAUACACAGAGAGACGAGAGAGGGUCUAUACCUGCCUCCGGAUCCCCAAGGAACUAGAGAAGUUGAUGCUGUUUGGGUUCUUCCUGUGUCUGGAUGCCUUCCUGUACGUGUUCACCCUGCUGCCUCUCAGAGUUCUACUGGCCCUCGUCCACCUACUGACCCUACCCUGCUGUGGUCUGAGAGUUCUACUGGCCCUCGUCCACCCUACUGACCCUACCCUGCUGUGGUCUGAGUUUAACGACAUCACUGCAGACGUCUACGGGGAGUACCGCGCCAGCCUGGCGUUUGACCUCGUCAGCAGCAGACAGAAAAACGCCUAUACAGACUACAGUGACUCAGUCUCCAGGAGAAUGGGCUUCAUUCCACUGCCUUUAGCUCUGCUGUUGAUCAGGGUGGUGACCAGCUCAGUGAAGAUCCAGGGAUCUCUCUCCUUCAUGUGUGUUCUUCUCUUCUAUCUGGGGAUGAUCUCCCUGAAGGUACUGAACAGCAUCAUUCUGCUGGGAACGUCCUGUGUGUUCGUCAAAGAAGCCAAUAUGGAGGAGAAGCUGUUCCAGUCUCCCCCCUCUGCUGCCUCCAGUCGCUCCAACUCUAGAGCACACAGACCCACACAGACCCCCCCUCCAG